AUUGUUAAGCGCGUACAAGAAACGGUAAUUUUGUUUGUUUGUUUCCUCGCUGUGCCCACCCCACCCAUCCAUCCGUUGAAGAAGAAGAAGCCGUGAUAAAAGAACAAGAAAAGUAACAACAUAAGUAUUGGUUUUGGAGCACAUACAUAUAUAUAUAUAUAUAGAGAGAGAGAGAGAAGUGGUUUUGUAAACCCUAACAGGAGGAGGAGGAGGAGGAGGAAGUCAAAGCAAAUAACAUCACAAAUUGAACGAACGACAUGAAUAAUAAUAAUAAUAAUAAUAAUAAUAGUAGCGAGGUUGUUGUUGUUGUUGAAAGAAGAAAAAGAGUUAGAAGAAGUGGUGAAAUUGGAAAAGCGAUAAUAGCCUUGGUAUGCGGCACACUCGUUUACUAUCACUGCGCUUUCAAGAAUUCAGCAAUUGUUUCUCUUUUCUCAGAUGUCUUCAUUGUUCUACUCUGCUCUCUCGCCAUUCUAGGUCUUCUCUUCCGUCAAAUCACUAUCCAAGUUCCCGUAGAUCCUCUUGAGUGGCAGAUAUCUCAGGACACAGCUAAUACCAUCGUUGCUUCUUUGGCUAACACCAUUGGUGCCGCCGAGUCUGUCUUGAGGGUUGCCGCUACUGGCCACGACAAAAGACUCUUUAUUAAGGUCAUUAUUUGCCUCUAUGCAUUAUCUGCUCUUGGAAGACUCGCUCUUGGUAUUACUAUUGCAUAUGCUGGACUAUGCUUGUUUUGUCUUUACAUGCUUGCGGAGUGCUCUCAAUCAAUCAGCUCAGGUUUAGCCUGGUUCUUGGGAAGAAGAAAUGACACGGGUGGAGAACAAGACACGAUCAUGUAACAUGUUCAUUUUGUACAUUUUUUUCCUUUUAUAGUUAGAGUGAUUUUGUUGUUAUAUUGAAAUAAAGCUUGUGAAUAAUAUUGUGAAUAUAGCAGUUCAAAAAGAAAUAUUAGGAUUGUUUCCAAAAAGAAAAGAGAAAUAUUAGGAGUAAACUGCCAUUGUGAUAUUAUUAUCAAACCGUUGUCGUGCAAUGUUAAAAAAUCUUAAUGAGCUACUGUA